AUGGGGAAAUCUCAGAGCAAAUUGUCGCCAGAGCAGCUCCAGGAUCUUACAAAAAACACUUACUUCGACAAGAAGGAGCUGCAACAAUGGUACAAAGGCUUCCUUAAAGAUUGUCCCUCAGGUCAACUCGACAAGGAGGAGUUUGGCAAGAUCUAUAAGCAGUUCUUCCCCUUCGGCGACCCCGGCGAGUUCGCUGACUACGUCUUCAACGUCUUUGACGAGAAUAAGAACGGCACCAUCGACUUCAAGGAGUUCAUCUGCGCUCUCUCGGUUACCUCGCGGGGGCGGCUCGACGAGAAACUCAAAUGGGCAUUCCAAUUAUACGAUAUCAACGGCGAUGGGCAGAUUUCGUACGACGAAAUGCUACAAAUCGUUCGGUCCAUAUACAAGAUGACUGGUCAAAUGGUCAAACUACCCUCUGAUGAAGAUACUCCCGAGAAGCGAGUCGACAAGAUUUUCCGAAACAUGGACCGGGAUAAAGACGCGAAGCUAACAUAUGACGAAUUCGUCGAGGGCAGUAAGCAGGAUCCUACAAUAGUACAGGCGCUAUCAUUGUACGACGGGCUAGUGUAG